GUACUAUGGAGUCUUGCAGGUACCAUUCAAGUUGGUAAUUAUUACUCAGGAUAUCACCACUAUCUUAUAAUAGGAGUUAGGAUGGUAUAAAUAACCAUUUGUGGCUUAGCGUAGGCAAUCUGCCAUAGCAUGAUUCCUCAACUGCUUAUAGACAUUUCACCAAGUUGUUCUUGGUUCACUGAAUUAGACAACUAUGAUUAUAUUUCAAUUACUUUAUUACUGUUUGAUUUGAUUUUUUGAAUUACCUUGAUGUUCAUUGGACAGUAUGAAGGGUGGAGAAAGGAAGUCCUUCGGAACCCCAUUGGUUACUUAUUUGGCUGAAGAUCCUCAAUUUGGAGCCAACAUUGAGGCUUCUGUACGUCAAUUGUUGGCACCUUUAAGAAGAGCAUAUUCUUCAACCAAGUCUCAUGAUGGUAAGGAAAAUGGUUUCGUCUCAGUUGGCAGUGAUGAGCAACCAAUCAUCUCCAAUACUCACAGCGAAUCACAUAGUCUAACAAUUGGAAGCAAAGAACAAGCGGGAACAUCAUGCGGGGAGUCAUCUUUCCAACUUCUUUUAACUACCGAAAGUUCUGAACCCAUUGGGAAGGCUUCUUUUAUAAAGCCCACCAAACUUAUAAGAGUUUAUCUUGAUUGGACUGAGAGAGAAAAUGAAUUGUAUGAUUCUAACUAUCUGAAGGAUCUCCCGGAAGUUCACAAAACUGGAUUCACUUCGAAGAAAACCAGGCAAGAAGCUAUUUCUUUGUUUUCUUGCUUGGAGGCAUUCUUGACGGAAGAACCUCUGGGACCAGAUGACAUGUGGUACUGCCCUAGAUGCAAGGAACACAGGCAAGCUACAAAGAAGCUUGACUUGUGGAAGUUGCCCGAGAUUCUUGUCUUUCACUUAAAACGAUUUUCAUACAGUAGAUACCUGAAAAACAAACUUGACACUUUCGUGAAUUUUCCCAUUCACAAUCUUGAUUUAACCAAGUAUGUGAAAAGCAAAGAUGGACAGUCGUAUGUGUAUGACCUGUAUGCAAUCAGCAACCAUUACGGUGGUCUAGGUGGUGGUCAUUACACUGCUUAUUGCAAGUUGAUCGAAGACAAUAAAUGGUGUCAUUUCGAUGAUAGUCAUGUCACUACUGCUACUGAAGCCGAAAUUAAAUCCUCUGCUGCAUACGUGUUGUUCUAUCAAAGAGUUAGAACUAAAGGCCAGAUGGAUGGAGAGACAUCUCAGGUUCAUAGAGUGUAGAGCAUGAUGGGGCGUUUUGUUGGUUGAUGCCUGGCUUGUAUGCUUUUUAGCAGUUAGCACGAAACAGAGCUGAUGUCCUGAAUAGUUACUUAGCAGUGCAAAACUGCUACGUAAAAUGCCAAACAGAAUGUUACCUUGGCAUAACAGCUAGCUAUUAAACAACAAUGUUUUAGAUGAGACAGAACAUUUGAUAUCAUUGGUAGUAUCAGUUCAAAUCACUACAUGAAUGAUAUCAUUUUUUGAUAGGGAAAUUUUGGCAGCCUAUGAUCUAUUUGUUAUUUUAUUUCAUCGGAGGUU